CGUCAACACAUUCACCUGGUUUUUUGUUUUACGGGAGGCAGAGGAGCCAAGAUAUGUUGUUUUUCCUAAAAGGAAAACAACAGCCUGUUGUAAGCCUUCUGAAUAAACUUUUGCAAAGAAGUGGACCUCGAUUAUCCCAUUUAAACGCUGGCGGAAAUGGACAUUCAACAAAUGCUGAUUAUGACAAAGAUCCACAAAUUUUAUUGUCCGACGAAAAUCGUCAGCGAUGCUUAGAGAAAAUGAAGAAAGCUGCUCCAGCUGGAGCUCAACUCAAGGGCAAGGAGAGGGAAAAGUCUUUUGCCUCAGUACUAAUUGCGAUAUGCACAGACGACAAAGGAGGCAAACCUUCAAUACUGUAUACAAGACGAUCACGAUUGUUAAGACGACACAUGCGGCAAAUUUCAUUUCCUGGAGGUAUUAAAGAUGACAACGAAGACUUCGUGGCGUGUGCCUUAAGAGAAACUGAGGAAGAAAUCGGUCUUUCACCGGGUCGUGUAGAUGUUUGGGGUUGUGGGAAUUUGAUGAAACCACCACAUACAGCCGCCAUUAUGCCUGUGAUAGGGGUAGUGCAUAAUUUUAAUGAGGCUGAAUUGAAAUUGAACACGGACGAAGUGGAGGAGGCUUUCGCCAUUCCCAUAAGCCUGCUAGCUAAACCAGAAACAUUGCACUACACACAAUUUAAAAGCGGAUAUUCGGCACCAGUCUUUAUUGUGGGCGAUAAAAAGAUAUGGGGCAUUACUGGAUUCCUAACCAAUACGUUUCUCAACAGUUUUCUUCCAACUGAAUAUAAUCAUAUAAAAAAUCGUGUCAAGUAUAUCAGGCCAAUCAAAGCUCCUAGUAUGACGUGAUAUAAAUGCAAUAUUUAUUACAAUUUGUUCAUAGCUUUUUUGUUAUUAUUGAAUACAGAAGAUGUAUUGUAAAAAUCUUCUAAAGAAAUGUUUUCUAUUAUUUUUAUAUACGUUAAGUUAAAUGUAGGUACAAGAAGAUAUUAUAGAGUUUAUGACGAUAAAUGCCUGGUUUCGUAUCCUGGCGGGAAUUUCAAAAAAAAAAAAAAAAAAUGUUUUAAUCUAUAAAAUGAAGGUCCGUUAUCAAUAAGUGGAGUCGAAGUGGAGGCUAAACUUUCCGACUGUUGGACCAAAUAUGUCUUCCUUCCCUAUGUUCCUAUUAAAAUCUCCCAGAACGAUUUAAAUAUCAUGGGCGGGGCAGCGGUCAUAGUCUCUCUCUAGGCGCUCGUAGAAAAUAUCCUUGGUCUGCUCGUCCUUGUCUUCCGUCGAGCUAUGGGCAGAAAUAAAACUGAUGUUGAAGAAUUUGAAUUUUAUGCGGAUUGUGGCUAGCCUCUCAUCCACCGGAGUAAAGUCUGCAGACAAGGUGUUUCAGUCUCCGACUACAAAUCCACAAAUCCACAGCCAAAUUCAUGCCUUGUGUUAUGGCAGCUAUAGUCAAGUUCGUCACCGUUUGGUGUUGUAGUGACGCCAUUCCCAGUCAAUCGCACUUCCUGUAAGGCGGUAAUAACUGAUUAACAACAAAUUAACUGAUUAAUUAACAAAUUAUGGUCCGUUUUUCGUUUCGUGGGUUGUUAACGUUGGGGGUGCGUUUUUACUAUUCCUUUGUUUUUCAUAAUAGUUCUCACAUUUUUCCGGGGAGCGCAACUACUCCGCAUAAAAACAGAGUUUUCCACCAUCCGCGACCUGUACAAUAUGGGACUCAAAUUAAAGGUACUCGGGAGUAGAUGACGAAUAUGGUGAGAAACUAGGAAUAGGCUUUAUAAUUUGUUGAUAACGGAAGGGGCGGAGGGUCCACCGUUACCCCAAAAACACCACCCAAAAUCAAAAGUGGACCGAUAAGGACAAUAUGGGUAUCAAAUGAAACGUAUGCGGGAGUAGAUAAUGAGUCUGGCAUUUAAAUUCAUGUCGAAGUAUAGGGGGUCACCCCACCCCCACAAAAACGCCCAAAAUGGGCACAUUAGCCAAUCAAGGAUAUAUGAAAAACGGCAGAUCCGAUUUUGUCGAAAUUUUCGCAUAUUGUGUAGGUUGGUUUGGAAGGAAACAUUGGCUAUAUAAUUUUCGAUAUCGGACGGGGGAGGGUCCCCCUUAUGCCAAAACACAACCCAAAAUCAAAAGUGGACCCAUCGGGACAAUAUAGGUAUCAAAUGAAAGGUAUUGGAGAGUAGAAUACGAAUAUGGUAUUAACAUUUGAGUCUAAGUACCCAUCGGGUCGCCCCAACCCCAAAACUCCCCCCAAGCAGACAUAUUGGACGUUCAAAUUAAAGGUAUUCGGAAGCAGAUUUCAAAUAUGGCAUAUAAAAUCAGAUCGAAGUAUAAGGGGUCAAGCCACCCCUCAAAAACGCCAUUAGACCAAUUAUGACUAUAUGAUACUUGGCUGAACCGAUUUUCAUAGAUUAUAUAGGCUAUAUAAUUUUUAGAAAUCGGGUGGAGGCGGACCCUCCUUCUUACCCCAAAAACGCCUCCCAUUCCCGAAAGUGGUCCAAUAGGCACGACAUGUAUGUUUUUAAAAUUUGGGCCCAAGUACCCAGCGGGCCUCCCCAACCAAAUGAAAAGUAUUAGGCAGUAGAUUACAAAUAUGGCAUAAAACAUUAGGUCCAAGUAAUGGAAGGUCGCCCACCCCCAAAUACCUCCAAAUGGGCAUAUUAGCCGACCAUGGCUAUAUGGGUCCAAAUGAAAGGUAUUUGGGAGUAGAUUACGAAUAUGGCAAUAAUAUUUGCGUUCAAGGCUCUUAAAGAUACGACAAAUGGGUUAUUUGACCCAUUAUGACAAUAUGGGACUCAUAUGAAAGGUAUUUGAGAGUAGAAAACAAAUUUGAUACCCCAUUUUGGAGCCAGUUUUUUGGGGUACGCCCUAAAGCAACCCCUAAACUGAACUUCAUUUCCGUUGGGAAUAAAGAAUGAAUUUGAUAUCUAUUUUCAAUGCAAAUUGACCAAAAUAACCUCCAAACGGUUCAUGUUUACCGGCCAUGGCAAUAUGGAGCUCAAAUUAAAGGGAUUUGGAAGUGCAGUACGAAUUUGAUAUCCAUAUUUGAGUCGAAAUGGCUGAGGUGCCAUCCCUCCCCUAAAGAUGACUCUCAUUACCCUUAAUUUUUAAAAACACCAGGAACCGAGCAGGAAAAACUUCUCACACAUCAAUGAGUGCUUUCCGAUUCAAGUUUAAACUCAAUGAUAAGGGACCUUUUUUUAUAGCCGAGUCCGAACGGCGUCCCGCAGUGCGACACCUCUUUUGGCAACAUUUUUUGAAUUACCAUGCAUGGCAUUGUGCCUAGCAAAUGUCGCCAACAUUAAGAGGAGAGAACCACCGCUUUGACCGAUGUUCACGCCAGGAUUCAAACGCGUUCAGCGCCAUAGGCUACAAUGGCACGAAUUCGAUAUCCGCAUUCAGGACGCAGUGUCCCCACCCUAAAAAGAUAUUUGAGAGUUAAAGAAGGCGCAGCGGAGGGGGCUAGGUUCCCAAUAAAACACAUGAGUUUCUAAACUUAACGUUUGGCGCCAAUAUCAAAUAAUAGGAACUUUUUUGAAUUUUGUAGGGCAAGUCAGAACCAAUUUACUCCAGUUAUUUAUUUUAAGAAGACAGUUUGUUAAAAACAUAUUUUCGUAUCUAAAAAACAACAAUUACAUAUUUUCAUGCUUGCAAUAUAGAAGCCAACAGAGAGAUAUAGAUGGCAAUUCAAAUAUUGAAUUUUCAAUUCAAAUAUUUAAAAGCAUUGAAAGCACAACCGUGCAAAAUUUGAGUUCAGUAGAAAGUUUUAAUAGCCGAUAGGGUGGGUUUUGGUUUCAUUAAAAGCCAAUUGUUAUUAUCAUUGCGUAAACAAAAAGCAAUGGAGGCCGCCGUAGCGUAAAGGUUAGCAUGUCCGCCUAUGACGCUAAACGCCAGGAAUCUACAAACAAUUUUCAGCGAUGGUUAUCCGUCUUAAAGCUUGAUACAUCUGUGAGGUACUAUGACAUGUUUAAACUUGUCCCCAAAGAGAUGUCGCACCGUUACACGCCGUUCGGACUCGGGUAUAAAAAGGAGCUUAAACUUGAAUAGGAUGGCACUCAUUGAUAUGUGAGCAAAUUUACAUUUGCUAAAACAAGCCAUAAUAAAUUCCUUGUGGUGAAAAUCGUAUUUGGAUUUAUUGAAAAAAAAUUUUGAGAACACAUCAGUAUGUGUCAAAUGGAUGACGGCCAUAUUACUUCCGCUCAGAAAAUUUUCGGAAUGCAUGAUCAUUCCAAAUGGAAUAGAACGAAGCUUUUGUCGAAAUAAUCACAAAGACGUGGCCAAUAUGAAAAUUAACUUU